AAUCCCCCUAGUUUUUUAUUCGUCCAAUUUCUUACAAUUAAGCUUAAUUACGCACCUUCUCAGAUGGAGAUUGCUUAUUGUCAGCUCUUGGGUUUUGCCUAAUUAUUGUUAUAUCUGAUAGUUUACAAAAUUCAAAACCAUUUCCUUCUUUGUGAUUUUAGGUCAAAUAAACCUAAAUAAUAUGACGGCUGGUCUUGUGUCUUUAUGUUCUUGUUGUUGAUCCAAUAAACAUAUCACCUUGUAAAUAUCUUUCGUCAAAUGGUGGUCGAGAUGUACUGCAGUAUCUCUAUUUUAGAUGAGGAGCUUUUAAGUAUUGGUAGUAUCGUAGAAUGCAUAAGGUCCCGUUAUACAAUGUACUUAAAACCGUUAGCCAACUUUGUCUUGGACCAAGUAAUUCCGUAAACAAGGAGAUUCAUUGCUCUGUGACUCUUGACAUCUAAUCUUCGCAUUUUUCAUCACUUUUAGAUGGCCACUGUAAAAACUUCAAAGCGGUUUCUGGUCUCGGUCAAGACUCGGCAAAGCAAAUAGGAAAUGGCAAGAAAUAUGGGUCAUCUCUUGAGAUUGAUGAUUGAGCUUCCAGCAUCCAGAGUUGGUUUUUCUAAGCACUUAGCUAGUCGACUCAUCUGCUCUUCAACUCAAGGAGUGCAAGUCAAACAGGAUCGUCCUGGAGAGCAUGAUGCUCAUACCUCGGAUGAGAAGGAGAAGGUUGAUAACAAAAAUGAAGGGAGUACUGAAGUUGAGAGCGACAAUGAUGAAGGGGACAAUGGUUACAUUAAUAAAAAGACUGGUGAGAUUGGAGGCCCGAGAGGUCCUGAGCCCACCCGCUAUGGCGACUGGGAGAAGGGUGGCCGCUGCUCUGAUUUCUGAUCUUCGUUUCUGCUUUUGAUUCAACUGCCCUCUUAUAGGUAAUGGCUUACUUAUUGGGUAUGGGGGAGACGAAUAAAUAGUAAUGUAGGUGUCAGUCAAAAUAGUCAUGUUAUUUUUUCGAAGUUUUUUUUUCUUUUCUUUUCUUUUCUUUUCUGAUAGGUUACCCCUCUAAUGCUUGAAUGCUGCAAUGAGCAUUGAAUAAGAGCAGCUGUUACAUGAUUGUACAAUGCGAAGUUUCUGAUAAUAUGGGUACCUAAUAGUCUUCUUAAUUA